AUGCCAAAACCGAUCCUGAACUACUCGCGCAUCAACGUCGCCUCGCAAACCAAAACGGGGAAGAGCAUGACCGAGCUCCAGCUCGAACACAAUAUCCGCUUCGACUUCUCGCUCACCGACGAGUCCGGGAAGGCGCUCGAGCCAGUCUUUGGACCCGGCUUGACCGGUCUCGCGAACUUGGGCAACAGUUGCUACAUGGCCUCCGUUCUGCAAACGCUCUUCACUCUCCCGGCGUUCCGCGAGCGAUACUACGCGCCUGCAGCACAGCACUGGGCGGCGUGUACGGAGACUUUACCUGCGAGCUGCUUGGAAUGUCAGAUGGUCAAGAUUGCCGACGGUCUGUGCAGCGGCCGCUACAGCGUUCCACGUACCAAGAGCGAGACGACGCCGAAGUCGGGCGAGAGCCUGCAACACGACUCACCCGCGCCUGUCUUUCAAGAGGGUGUGCGUCCUGCGAGCUUCAAAGCGCUUGAGGGUAAGGGUCACGAGGAGUUCGCGAGCAUGCGGCAACAAGACGCCGAAGAGUGCCUCGCGCAUCUCUUGACCUCACUUCGGCGCGCACAGCAUGCGCAGGGAACGAAUACAGGCGGGGACGCGACACAGAUAUCCGCCUUCGAAGUCGAACAGAGGUUGCAGUGUGGCACAUGCGGAGGGGUGCGGUACAGGGCAGACGCGCAAGACGCGCUAAGCGUGCCUGUCCCAGCACGCAAAAAGAGCACAGACGAAGACGGAAAGAUAACCUACGAAGACAUCCCGCUCUCCGAAUGCCUGGACAUGGCUCUCGGCUCCGAACAACUCUCCUAUCGCUGCCCCAAAUGCGCCAAAGACGUCCAAGCCGUCGGCGGCAGCCGCCUAUCGACCUUCCCCGACGUCCUCGUCGUACACGCCAAGAAGUUCACGCUCGUCAACUGGGUGUCUACGACGGUCGAUGUGCCCGUUAUCCUCCCAGACGGAGAUACGCUGGUGCUGGACGGGUAUAAGGGGAAUGGGCUGAGGGAGGGCGAGGUGGCGUUGCCGGAGGAGACGGCUGCCGCGCCGGCUUUGCCGACUUUCAACGCGGAGGCGAUGGCGAUGCUCGCGGGGAUGGGCUUCCCGGAGAUACGGUGUCAAAAGGCUUUACUUGCGACUGGCAACGCCAACGCGGAAGUGGCUAUGGAACGGUUGGUCGCGCACAUGGAUGAUCCCGCGACGAUGGAUAUCGAUGCGCCGAUCCAGUUACCGGGCGCUGGUGCGAGCGCCGGGCCUGAGCCGAGCGCGGAGCAGGUUGCUAUGCUUGCCGAUAUGGGCUUUACGAGCGUGCAGGCGUCCAAGUCUCUACGCAAAACUGGCGGCAACCCCGAACGCGUGAUCGAGUGGCUCUUCUCGCAUCCCGACGACGACGGCUCCUCAUCCUCCGCCGCGCCCACAUCAGAUUCGGCCGCAGAAGAGAAAAAGGUCGUCGGCAACCCCUCUCUCCCAGCAAAGUACCGUGUCCGCGCAUUCGUCAGCCACCAAGGCCCGAGCGUGCACUCAGGACACUACGUCGCGCACAUCCGCCAGGGCGAGACGGAUGAUUGGGUGCUGUUCAAUGACGAGAAGGUCGUCAAGGCGGAUGCGGAGAGCGUCAGGACGUUGAAGGCGUUGGCUUAUAUGUGGGUUUGGGAGCGGGUUUGA